AUGGUGGUGGUAGACUUGCCAGGCAUCUGCUAUAUUCCUUCCUCCUCCUCCUCCUCCUCCUCCUCCUCCUCCUCCUCCUCCUUCUCCUCCUCCUUCCCCAGCUGGACCCGGCGUCAAGACCAAUUCCAGAAGAAGGGGGACGGGGAGGGCGCAAGUAAAUGCCACACACAAGCCCACACUUUGCCGCUCCACGUCAGAAACUCUAAUUCACACACGAAAUCACCAGGAUUAUAACCAACAGCACGAAUGAGGGAAGGGCAGUUAGGGGUCCCAAUGUGACCGUCAGCUGGGUCUGUCACCGCAUCCCCGGGAUAUUUAUAUUUGUUAUGGUGCGAAUUCCGAUAACUCCCGCCACAUGGCCCUCGUGUUGGUCCAGCGCAUCUACCGCAGUACGCAACCUCACCCUUCACUCGUCACCAUGGUUAAGAGGUGGAUACUAAAAUUUCUCAACCAGCAUGCGACGUAUGUAUGACCAUGUCUGCAAAUAAACCUCAUUAUGCACAUAGAAACUUGGGAUUUAGGGACAAUCUGUUUGUGCAAACAACUAAAGCAUGGUCUCCGUGUUGGGUGACUUUGCAGAGGCUGAGUGGCGACAUCCAACAAACCAGAAAUGACAACCCAAUCCGCACCCGUAUUGUGACGGUAGCAAUGCUGGACUAUUGACUACCUUAGGAGACCUUAAAAACUAGUCAAGAAGUCUGUACUGAAAGCAUAAUACGUCGUUGGAGGCUACUCCCACUAGACAUUGUGUUUCAGGGGCCGCAGGUCAUUGAGCGUGGUCAAAAAUGGUGAGGAAGUUGGGCUCAGGCGCUGUGCGACCGGCCCACUCCCCGAAUCCGAAUUCUGUCCUCCGUGGUCAGUGUGACAGUGGGAGAUGCGAAGCGAUUGGAGAGAAUGUCCAAGAAUUCGCAGACCGCAGUGAAAUUAGGCGCUUUCUCUCAGCCAUUAGUUGUGUUCAGUAUUCUUAGCGUAAAAAUGUACGAACACCGUUGAACUCCCUUUUGUUUGCUGACUGUCUAGUAAAGAGCCCCGAUAAAUUGAAAAUUGAAAGAAAGAGUGUUUACGUAUUUGCGUGAGCAUAGCAGGAAUAUGCCCCGAGACAAAAAAGAGUGAACAUUAACAUCUACUCGUGCAUUGCUAGUAGAAAAGUAAUGUGCAAAUUCAGCCACUGAUUGCGUGAAUUCGCGGGUGGCUGGUAAUUGGGAAGCUGGACACCUAUCGAGCCUAUAAUUAAACGAAUCCGCAUCGGGGAGAGUGCAACACCAUCGGCCAAAUCAGUCCACUUUGCAACUGCUCAGUCAUUUUAAAAAAUCUCCAUUCAUUGUCGCUUGUCUUGCCUGCGCGUAGUCCUAGGGGAUGACACACGAAGCGAGCGUGUUGGCUUGAGUGAAGAAAUCACUGCGGACAAAGCAGCAUUCUAGGUCAUGCAUAAUGCGGAAGGAUAGUAUUAGAUCACCGUGCAGUUGCCUGUAGGAAGAGAGAAUCAGGCUGAGAGUUAACAGUCUGUCUUCAUAGUGCCGUGCUUUCUGGCCAGGUGUCAUUUAUGGUACGGUUAUUGGCAGUUCACGGUCUCCAUGACUAGAUCUGACCACACGAAGUUGCCAAAUAUCUUUAAAAAGCUACCUUUGUAAAAUCCUUUAAGGGCUCGCCCAGUAAGUGGCCGAAUUGGCCACCUUCAGCCAGUUCAGUGUUGCUUUGAAUGUGCAUGUAAUCCACACACCCAUAUUCUUCUCACUGCCAUAUUGGUGUGGUGGUGGUGGUGGUGGUGUACCGUUUGGAAAUCAAGUCCCGUGACGACGGGUUCUGUAGCUGCUGAGUCGAAGGAAAGUACACUUACACGCAUAAGCCAGCGCUUCAACCUGUCCUCGAGCCUGUUCGAAUUCAGCUGCAUAUGGUCUCCGUCUGCCGCCAGUGAAUAGGAUGACACGCCCAGUCUAGGUCCCUGCCGUAGUCAUUUAUAAAAAUAAAUCGCAAACAACGGGACAUUCGGGCUGCGGUUUAGUGGUUAAAGUCGUUGCACUUCUAACCAACAGGUCGCGGGUUCGUGCCCCAGAUUUUACACACCUCUGGACUGGCCAUGGCUGGCUGACCACGACUGGGACGCCAAUAAUGGUCAUUUCCGUCUACCUCUUUUUUUCCAUAAGUUUUUUUAUAUCUCUUUUCAUUGCAAUGCGUUUUUACCCUUUGGAAUAGUGCCAUACCACAGUUGGAUCCUCACAUCUGUCAUUCUCUCUUCAUAUUAAAAUCCUUUUUAAGAAAAUUUGUAAACUCUUUUAUUAAUUUUGUCGUUCACUUUUCUAUCAUGCUUGAUGACUCUUAAAUCAGAACAUACAAUGCUGAUGUUAAAAAUAUGUCACUAAAAUGUUGUCAGUGACUUGGUUAUUUGCAGAAAAGUGAUUGCCAGCUAGCAGAUGCCUGCAUUCCGUUAUUGUUUCUGAUUUGCGUAUAAGGGCACGUUAGUUUAAAAUGAGUUAUCUGAAAGCUUUUUUCUGCUAGUGCUCCUCUGCAUGUCAGCUGAGCCGAUAUUAUAAUGCAAGGACAUUUGACAACGCUUAAGCAUUUAGCUAAUCGAAUUCUGAAUUAUGUUGUCAAACCCCUUCACUCUGGAUUAAUUCACGCUAAAUCCUCUCGUCCCAUGCGCGGUGCCUUGCAACAUAUCUCUUUUCUUACAUCAGCAUAUCAGCACUAUAUAGAGCCAUUGUGGACAGGAUACCUUAUGUGUAAAGACUUGAACUGUCCUGGCAGUACACGUUCAGUUAUAUGCAAAUCUGUUUACUCCUGCAUCUAUCUUCCGGUCAAAAUGAAAGGGAACACUUCUGCCUUCAAGGAAAACGCAUUCCUCUUUCUCUCUCUUUCUCACCCAUUUCUUAUAGCUGUAACAGAGCCUCCCAAAUAUCUCUCCUCCAACGCCAACAGCAAUGUCGUCCUUCUUCAGCCAAUCAAGUGCUCUCAAAAAACAACAUUUCGAUUCGAUGCACGCACUAUAUUUGUGGUGACAUUGCAUGGCAGAAUCCUCUACGGGUCCAUGUGGGCCCCACAUUGGAGGACGACGCCUGCCGCCACAUGCCAUCUCACAGUCCUCCAUGGUUUCAAAACGAUUCAAAUUGCCGCCACAUCCGCGAUAGAUGAAUUCCUCACAUACACCGAGCUCAGCAUUGUAGGCAUACAUUGGGAUCCUUGCUCUGCACAUGCCAGAUCUGAUCGGCAUGAAGCAGGGGUCCAGUCGUCCUGAAAACAAGAAAAGGAAACAGAGACUGCGUGAGCUAUGUAGACAGGGUCCCAAUUAAUCUCCUAGUUCAGCAUUAGGCCACAAAUUUCUAGGUGGACGUUGUACAUUACCACAUGCGGUUUACAUGAGAUGAUGUUACGAGAUCGCUCCAGCAAAUAAAGCAUGCGACUUACCCUCAACUGCCAGCGCGGAGAGAAGGCAAGCGACGAAUAGAAGGACAACCAUUAUCUAGAAUUUAUUCCUAUACCCAGAGGUUAGGUAUUUAUAUAUAUACUCUCAGUGGCCACCGUGGUUCAAAAAGGCCAGUUGCAAUUGGUUUUUGCACAGGAAGUAAUUUGCUGAUGGGAAUGCACAUUCCCUGCAUAAUUCUGAACGACAUAAUUGUUCGACGCUGUGUGUGUCAUUCUCAUGAGAAUAUGGUCAGAAAAUUAUGAAGUUACUAAAUUAUCCUGAUGCACAGGGAAACCUUCGAAAUGGCCUCUGUACCCAUUCAGCCAUCUGACUAUCAAAACUUGGCAUGGGGUAUCACUAGCUGACCACGCUUUGCAAAUCGGAAGAGGCCACAAUAGUCGUUCCCUCCCUCUCAGCACACACUUAAUGCUACCCAAUGCAUGAAGUAGAAACUAGUAUUCACUAGUGAUGAAGAAAUUAAAUGAAAAUGAACUGGUCGGCAUUGAUGCAUCAUUUCACCGAAGAAACGAUUGUAGGCUACCGUUGGUUUACACAGAGGGCCACAUGCCAUUCCUCAAAAUAUAAAACAUCUCAACUGCAUGAUCUGAAUUUACUGUUUACGGUUCGAUGUAGUUGCGAAGGCAUCCGUUGGUCAUCAAGUGGCGCUGGAGGUAGCGUAGUUCUGUCGUCCGGCUUGGUGCAAUGUGUUUCUGCCCUUCUGUAGAGUGUUCGCACACAACUGCGUUUGUGACGUAAGUUGUGAUUACUGUGGUUGCUUAGGAUUUAUCGUGUAUUGGUGGCCGGUAAUAAGAUUGCGACGUAGGUUGACGCAGGAACACAGCUGUGUUAGAGCGGAAACUGCUAUGGCGGCCUCUUGCAUCUCGUUUGAAUAACACAUUCUGAUUAUUGCUCAGCGGUUGGCAUUAGACCGUUUGUAAGAUCUGUGCAAUCAGAGAAUAAGCUGCAGUCAACGGUGGAUCUCAUGAUAUAUCGGCCGAAAUCGUGAAAUGCGUAUUCGGCUAGAGGGAGCCACUUAGAUGUAUUUGCAAUAUUAACCAAUUUGCGACACAAUGCAUUCAUAUUCCAGGCACGGAAGGAUGUUGGCUUUUAGACUCAGUUCCUUUUCGCAAUCCAAAAUCACCGUACUCGGCAAAAUGACUAAUUAAGUAGUAUGCAUUUUCUGUGUCCAUUUUCGAUGUCAUAAUAGAUUCAGAAAAAUUUUGCCAAAACACGCAAAAGUAUCUUUUUUGUACUCACUUGGAAGCAACUCAUGUCUUCAUCAAAUGUUAUAGUCUAAAAAGUGAUAUAUUUCAGUUUUAAAAACGUUUUUGAAUUCUAGAAUGAUCUUGAUCUCAACCUGUCGAUGCGCUUAGGGUUUAUAGCCUUCAAACUACAUACCUUCGCGUAAUUAAAAACAUCUAUUCGAACACUUGAUCUGAUAGGGCUCAUACACUUUUGCAACAAAUAUGACCUGCGUUGCAUGCAUCACGCGGAGCAUUAUUAAACAGAUAUAUACAAGGCUAUCUGAAUUGACAUUGCACAGCCUUUAGAAUCUCAUAAAUAAUUUUUUAAAACCGAAAGAUACGCAUCCUUUGAGUGCAAAAUUUGAAAAAGACGUGAUUUGCUACAAAAUAAUUACAAAAGGACUAUUUUCAUGCAUGUUUUCAAAAAAAUAAUUCCUAAUUCCUGAACAUAUGGAAAAUCUAUAGAAAAUAUGCCCACUCAACAAGUAGUCAUUUUGUGCCGGCUGCUGUCACUUCAGGCGGGCGAAAGGAGGUGCACUUAAAAGCCAACAGCCUGCCGUGUCUGAAAUAUCACUGCGUCAGGCAGCAAGAUAAGAAAUAUCACAAUGCAGCUUAAGUAUUCCUUCUUAAAUGAAUACGUAUUUCACAAUUUCGGCCAAUAUUUCAUCAGAUCAUUCACUGACUGUAUGAUGAGCUAGCAUCGCUGUGUUUCAGACUCACUUUUCGUUGCGUACUCGGGGUUGCAGCCACAUGGCCAGAAAUCCAACUCUUCAGAUUGUUCGCUCAAAUACUGCAUGACCUCCUCGACUGGACCGUCUGUCCACUGAUGAUCCAGUGGUUGGGCUAAGGCUGUUGCUAUAAUUGCACAGCAUCUACCACGCUCCCUCAUCCUACAUCAGCCGGACCCAGUGUCGAGACAAAUUCAAGAAGACCGGAGUCGGGCGAGGGUGCAUGGAUGGAACUCGCAUCUUGACGCUCCACUUCACACCCUCUGGUACACACAGCAAAUGACCGGGCUUUAAACCAACAACAACAAUGGGUGGGGGCGGCAGCAGUCCCAGUACGCCCGAUAUCUGUCGUCAACUGGGUCUCCCACAGCAUCCGCGAGAUGUUGGAAUGUGUUUUUGGCGUGCUUUCCGAUAACUCCUGCAAGAAUCCAAUAUGGUCCCCCCUGUUGGUCCAGCGCAUCUAACGUGUCGCCCGUUGGAGGUAGAACUAUGCCGUGACCACCGCAGUACACAACCUCCCCCCCCUCCAUCUCAACCAGCAGGUGACGUAUGCAUAUCCAUGUCUGUAAAUAAACUAAAAUAUGAACACAGAUGCUUGGAAUUUGCGGGCAUUCUGUAUGCACUAACAACAAGUGCAUUGAGUUUCUGACGUGGAGCGUCAAAGUGCGGGCUUGAGAGUAGCAUCUACUUCCGAACUACCGGCCUCCAGUCUUCUUGACUUUGUCUUGACACUUGGUCCAGGUGGGGAAGGAGGAGGAGGAGGAGGAAGGAAUAUACCAGAUGCCUGGCAAGUCUACUACCACCAUGAUCUUUCUCACUCAUAGGUAGUCGUGCAUACUUCACCUUGCUGUGGAGAUCACGACUGUCGGUUGCAACAUGGCAUAGGAGUGUUGCAUGCAUUUUCGUUGGAUUCGGUCAGACCCUAAGCCCAACCAGUUGAUCACCUGUGUACGGGGGGUCCAGUCGAGAUCAUUCAGUAUUUGAUCUGAACACUGACAAUUUGGAUUCAUGCUUAUGUAACUGCCUAUUAGAGUAUCUAAAGUCAAGCGAGUAUGAAGUCCACCGAGCCAUCCUGCUUUCAAGUGACAACACGGAUUUAUUUCCUCAAAGCAAGUUCACCGAGUGCAAAGCCCUUGCAAACGGUCUUAUCACUACAGCCGAGCAAUGAUCAAAAGCAUUACCCGAAAGGGACGCGGGAGACUGAAAUGGCCGUUAGGAAUUGUCACCGAUCAGAAGAUCACUCAUCCAGGUCAUGUAAUUGAGAGGUCGUUAUAUUUGGAGGGACGGUAUAUGGUCCUCUCUGUAAUCCGUGAACCGAUGCGUCACUGCAGACCGAUGAAUUUCGCAUAUUCUUCCAUCACUAGUGAAUACAAUCUGUUACUAAAUGCAUUCGAUAACACUAAAUACAUGCUGAUUAGGAGAGAACGGCAAAAGUGAAGAAGGAGAGUCGAGCACCGGAACACUUCGUAAUUGUCCUGAGAUUUGAGACUCGUACAGGAGUCCAUCGUCAGAGGUAGUGGCAGAAACAGGACAAGCGGCAGUCAUAAGGCACGUAGGCCCAGUCAUCGACCGACGGCGCAAGACUGGACGUGACUACGAAGGGCUCUGUACGCCGCGCCAGAUCGAUAAGUCGAUCGACCGAGUUCUCAUCUGAGACACAGGCUUCAAUCAAUUCCCGGCCUGUUUUGUUUCAGGUGUGGGCGACUAUUUUGGUGGCUGCGAAGUUAAACGCGUGACCCAUUUCGUAGGUUUUGGCUGCCACUUGUGAUAAUGCGUAGCCUGGCCGCACAGCCAGCUUAUUUUCGUGUAUGCGCGAUCAGAGCAUGCGUCCAGUUUGUCCUGUGUAGAUACAAGGUCAAUUUUUUGAGACGUCGUUAUAUUUGGAGGGAUGGUAUGUGGUCCUCUCUGUAAUCUGUAAACAGGGGCGUAGGGGUGUCAGCGGUGGGUUUACGUAAUGUUCGUGGUGGUCGCUCGCUUACUUGCAGGCGAGACUGCGCCUAGCGUCCACUUGCUGGCACUCAACUCUCACCUGUUGCUCCACGUAGCUGGACUCUGCUCAGCGGCCAACCCCGGGCAACCGUCUCGACCGACGGGCUAAACCAGGUGAGGGGGCCCUGUGCGCUGUGCCGUGUGCACAGGGUUUGCGGAUUCCUUGGAUGGAAGGUCGGAUGGAACCUUGCGUCGGCACCGUCGUGACUUGGUUCGUCUCUGCACGCCGCUGGACAGCUGGUGACGGGAUGGAUCUCCACAUCGACAUCGCCUUGACGCGCCCACCUACGCCGUCGGAGACCGCGGCUUACGGCGAAUUCGAGUCGCUCUCCACGACAACCCGAAGUCGCGGUCCCAUAGUGGAGUUCGGGCGUGCCACAACGGCACAUGGGCAGCCCUAUCCAGGGGUGGCACUGCCAGCCCUCACGAGGGGAACGACUUAAAAAAGGUGGCCUAAACAUUGCUGGGUACCACGCCGUCUCCAGGCUAGCCAGGGCCGCAGACGUCUAAACAUGGUCGAAACAAUCAAAAUCGAAACAACAAUAACACCAAUAACAACAACAACCAUAUUCAUUCUCUUCAUCCUACCUCUUCUUCCUCUUCCUCUGCCUAUUCUUCUGCCUAUUCUUCUCCUUCGUCAUCUUCUUCUCCAGCUCCUUCCCGUCGCCCCACCCGUUGUCACCAGACUGGCAGGGUGAGCCCGCUCACUCUGGCAGCCUGGAAUGUUCGUUCCCUUUUAGACUAUCCGAUGAGCAACCGACCGGAACGGAGGACGGCGUUAGUGGCACGAGAACUGGCGCGCUACAAUGUGGACAUCGCCGCACUCACCGAGACCCGAUUCUCCGAACAAGGCCAACUGGAGGAGGUGGGUGCCAGCUAACCUUCUUCUGGAGAGGUCGACCCAGGGUCCGGAGACGAAGGGCACUGCUCCUCUCCUCAGCGCCGACGACAACACUCUCCUGACUGAGAAGUCGCAAAUCCUGCAGCGAUGGGCCGAGCAUUUCCGAGGCGUCCUAAACCGCCCCUCCGUCAUCUCCGACGCAGCCAUCGAGCGUUUGCCGCAAGUGGAGACCAACGUUGACCUCGACCUCCCGCCAUCUCUCCAGGAGACCAUCAGGGCCGUGCAGCAGCUCUCCAGCGGUAAGGCACCCAGAUCCGACGCGAUCCCUGUUGAGGUCUUCAAGCACGGAGGUCCACAAACGAUGCAUCAUCUGACUGCGCUCUUCCAAGAGAUGUGGCGUUAAGGUGAAGUCCCGCAAGAUUUCAAGGACGCAACCAUCGUGCAUCUCUACAAGCGCAAAGGGAAUCGCCAAGUCUGCGACAAUCACCGCGGCAUCUCCCUGCUGAACAUCGCCGGGAAGAUCUUCGCACGAAUCCUCCUCAACCGCCUCAAUAACCAUCUGGAACUGGGCCUUCUGCCGGAAAGCCAAUGUGGCUUCCGUCGUCAUCGUGGGACCACGGAUAUGAUCUUCGUCGCCCGCCAACUUCAGGAGAAGUGCCAGGAGAUGCGGACCCACCUGUACUCUACCUUCGUGGACCUGACGAAAGCCUUCAACACGGUGAAUCGUGAAGGACUGUGGAAGAUCAUGAAGAAAUUCGGCUGUCCGGAUCGAUUCACUCAGAUGGUGCGUCAGCUGCACGACGGUACGAUGGCGCGAGUAACGGACAACUGAGCUGUCUCAGAGGCAUUCGCAGUGACCCACGGAGUGAAGCAGGGCUGCGUGCUGGCGCCUACCCUCUUCAGUCUCAUGUUCUCUGCCAUGCUGUUGGACGCCUACCGCGACGAACGCCCCGGGAUCCGCAUCGCCUACAGGACGGACGGUCACCUGCUGAAUCAACGGCAGAUGCACUUCCGAUCGCGUGUCCACAACCACCGUUCACGAACUCUUCUUCGCCGACGACUGCGCCCUAAACACCACCUCGGAAGAGGAGAUGCAACGGAGCAUGGACCUGUUCUCCGCCGCCUGCGAGAACUUUGGGUUGGUCAGUUACACGCAGAAGACGGUGGUUAUGCACCGACCGCCACCCAAAUCAGCCACAGCCUUCAACGCGCCGCCGCAAAUCAGCGUGAACGGAACCCAAAUGCAGGUGGUGGAGAACUUCCCGUACCUGGGAAGUACUCUCUCCCGCAGCACCAAGAUAGACGACAAAGUCGCCAACAGCAUCUCGAAAGCCAGUCAAUCCUUCGGUCGCCUCCAAAGCACAGUUUGGAAUCGCCACGGUCUUCAACUGAGCACAAAGCUGAAGAUGUACAAGGCCGUCAUCCUGCCGACACCACUGUACUGAGCGGAGACUUAGACGGUGUACGCAAAGCAGGCGCGUCGUCUGAACCACUUCCACCUCAGUUGUAUUCGUCGCAUCCUGAGGCUAAAGUGGCAGGAUCGAAUCUCCGACACUGA